AUGUUUAUCGCAAGGUCGGAAUAUGCUCGUCUAAUUAAAUACAGUACCUUCUCUCCGGAAGGUCGUUUAUUCCAGGUUGAAUAUUCAUUAGAAGCAAUUAAGCUCGGAUCUACAGCGAUUGGAGUUGCUACAGGGGAAGGUGUGGUCCUCGGUGUGGAGAAACGUAUCACAUCUACCCUCCUCGAGACUUCAUCUAUUGAGAAGAUCGUUGAAAUUGACCGACAUAUUGGAUGCGCCAUGUCAGGACUUCAAGCAGAUGCUCGAUCAAUGGUUGAACAUGCACGAGUUGAAGCACAAAAUCAUUCUUUCCACUACAACGAACCGUUAAGAACUGAAAGUUGCACUCAGGCUAUAUGCGAUCUUGCACUAAGAUUCGGAGAGGGAGCUGAUGGCGAAGAAAGUAUUAUGAGUAGACCAUUUGGUGUAGCAUUACUUAUUGCUGGCUACGACGAAGAUGGGCCUCAGCUAUAUCACGCAGAGCCAAGUGGAACGUUCUAUAGGUAUGACGCCAAGGCAAUCGGUUCCGGCUCAGAAGGCGCACAAGCUGAGCUACAAAACGAAUUUCAUAAGUCCCUCACUCUCGAAGAAGCUGAGAUUCUUGUAUUGAAGACUUUGAAACAAGUAAUGGAAGAGAAGUUAGAUUCUAAAAAUGUCCAAUUGGCAAGCGUUACGAAACAAAAAGGGUUUAGAACCUACAAUGACGAUGAAGUGGCUAAAAUCGUUGAAAGACUACCCACAAAUUAA